UCGAUGACCUCACUUCCGGUGCCGGGUCAAGUAGAAAGGACCAGUCUCCCAUUCUCCAGGAACUGUUCUAUUAACAUUAUUCAAAAUGGGCAUGAAAUUCGGUAACCUGGCAAAGUUCAGAGGGGUCAUCACUUACACCCUCUCUCCACAUGAGCAGAAGGCAUUCGCAGGAGCCUUUAGCAGAGGUCUGCCCAACAUCUUCAGGAGAUUCAGAUCAAAGGUCUUCAUCGUCACACCACCAUUUGUUGUGGCAUACCUGAUCUACUCGUGGGGAAACGCAGAGAACGCCAAGUCAAAACGAAAGAACCUGGCCGAUUAUGAAAACGAAUCAUAGAAUCCACCACUCCAAGUUUCAACAUCCUACAGGAUCCUCAAAGUCUCUCAUCUUUAUGUAUCACCAUGACUACGGGAAGCCGCUGCCUCCUCUACCAAAGUGUUCACUCUUAACGAUGAUGAUUACGACGACUGGCCGCUUUUGCAUUUAAAUUGUAGAAGAGAUUUCGAGGACUUUUUCAAAUGAUAUAUUAUUGAAAUGUGUUAUCACUGUAAAUAAUAGUGACCUAAACAAGAACAGCAGCAAGUGGAGAAGAAGCAAUAUUUACACACAAAAUAGAAAGGCUAAAAUACUCAUGGAUUUCAUUAUCAGGCACAGAUAUGAUGCUAAAAUUGGCAGUGGUGUGUAUUGUCUCUAAUUUAUCAAUGUGAUGGCCAUGAUCAUCUAUUGUUGAGUAGUGUUUUGGGCGGGGAUGAGAUUCGAUGUGUCCAUUUAUCUCUUUCAAGAUUUCAAGCUAGGUCAUAUCGGUAUAUAUGUACAUCUGCAUACAUGCAAAUAUAUAUGACAAAACACAGGCCCGAUGUACAUGUCUGUGUUUUGCCAGAAAUAAUAAUAGGCAGAUUUGCACCGUACUUGCAGUUGUUUGUAAAUUAUUCUGAGACUUAUUAAAUGUUUGUUCACAUUUGAAAAGUU